CUGGCGCAGAGCGGAAGUGACGCAGAGCCGUGACGUCACCACUCGCCGCUGUGCUGUUGUUGACGGGGGACAUGCGGUGAGCAGGAAGGAUGUCUGACGGGAAGAAUGAUCCCACCCCUGGCGUGCCCAGGACCCCGGUCGGAGGAGCAAGAAAUCUGGUUGGGCGUAGACCUUCAGCACCUCUCACACCUGGUCGCCUUCCAUCCAUCCGCUCCCGGGACCUUACCCUUGGGGGCGUCAGAAAAAAAACCUUUGCUCCAAAUAUAAUUGGGAGGAAGAUAAAAGAAGAACCGAAAGAGGAGGUAUCUGUGAAAGUCGAGCGCGCAGAACGCAACAGAGACCGACGUGAUGGAUCGGGCAGAGGACGCGGGAGACCACAAGUCAUCCAGAGUCACUCCAUCUUUGAGCAGGGACCCGCAGAGCAACUCAAGAAGAAAACUGCAUGGGACGGACCCUCAGAUUCAGGCGACCUUGGACCCUCUCACAUCAUUAACAUAAAACGAGAGAAAAGGGAAACGGAAGAGGAGACCAAACAGAUCAUUAGAAUGUUGGAGAAUGACAAGUUUUUAGAUGACCCCGGACUGAGGAAUGAUGCCCAGAAUCGGCCUGUACAGCUUCCUCUUGCACAUUCAGGUUGGCUCUUUCGCGACGAAGAGGAGGAAGAGGACACAAAGCCCAUAAAGGGUUUAACUAAAGAAGAAAAGAUGGAAGUGGAUCCUUUGUCUGUCAAAGUGAAGGAAGAACCUAUGGAGGAUGAUGAGGGUAUAACAUUGAAGAUGGGUGUUCCACCAAGCAAAGCUCCAUUAGUGAGGAAGCCUCCAGAGAAACGGGACGUGUCUCUUCCAGAGUUACUGGAAUCUCUGCAUGUCUCUGGAGGAUGCACUGUUUUUAUGCAGCUCCCGGACACUCUUCCCGGACAGCCGCCCACCCAGGACUCUCGGCCUGUCAGGAGUGAAGUGCAGAGCGAGGACGGCCACGUGUUGCUAGUGAAGGACAAAACCCAGGAGGCAAGUGCGGCCGAGGAGAGCUGCUCCCUGAAGGACCUGUCUGAGGGUCAGAUCGGGAAACUUGUCGUGCGGAAAUCCGGCAAGGUGCAGCUCGUCCUGGGGAAGGUCAAGCUCGACGUCACCAUGGGAACAUCUUGCUCCUUCUUACAGGAGCUGGUCGCAGUGAGUGUCGGGGAGGCUCGGAGAGGAGAGUUAAUGGUGCUGGGACACGUGCAGCAUAAGGUUGUCUGCUCACCAGACUUUGAUUCCCUUCUGGAGGGACGACACCGCUGAGAUUCCGGCCGUUUUCAGGACACACCACAAACUGUGCCGUGCCAAGACCCGCGAGACACCUUGGAUUCAGGAUCACUAGAGUUUGGUGGCACUAGUUUAGUCUUUGUCUUCUUCGUCUAUCUCUGAGCACUAGAGGGGUCUGUAAAUAUCAUGAAGAAGGGUGCAGAGCUCCCCAUACAGUGGGAGAACCUCCUGGAUGACUAAUUUAUUAAACUGGACACAUUAUAGUGAGA